GGAAAUAGAACUCCUGUCCCAAAUAAAGGCAAUCGCAUGAACGCAUUAUGCUCUGCGCUUGGCAGACUUGUCGUCAGUCGGAGUUUAACAGGCAGUUGUAGUAGAGCAAUGGCAGGCGCUCUGGCGAAUAUUCCCGAUGUGGAGAUUGAUCCCGAGGGAACCUUUAAAUACAUACUGCUCAGAGUGAAAGUAAAAGAUGGCGAUGCGCAGAAAGACGUAGUGCGAGGCACUAAGAGUGCCGAGUACCACAACCACAUAUUCGAGAAGGUCAGUCCUGCUCUGGAGGCCUUAGGGAUGGAGUGUAAAUGCCUCGGAGGAGGGAAGAUAGAGCACAACAACAAGGACAAGAAGAUCAGGGUGUUUGGAGAAUCGACUGCCUUUGGGAAAGCAGACCACGCCGCGUCUGUGGAGAAGCUGAAAACUGUCUUCAGUGACUACGAGGUCACUUGGUCCGAUGACAAAAAAUAAGAGCCUUCUUCUUAUUUGCUUAUUCAUCGGCUGCCUUUAUGACAAUAAACCACAUAAUAAUGUGUCAACCCUC